AUGCAAGUCCCUUUCCCACCCAGGACGGCCGAGAAGAAAUUCCGUUGCGCCGAGACGCGACAACAGCCGGCAGAGCCCGCACGACCCGACGUCUUACAGACAGAGCCACCGUCGCGCAUCGCGGCCAUGGCAGAGGAGAAGGAACCGAGGCCUGAAGCCGCGCAGAACGGGCAUGCGCCGGUCGUGCCGGAGAAGGAGGGCGGGAUGGACGGCGCUGAGAGCGAGCCCCCAAAGCCGCAGAAGACGGAUACGUCCGGCAGCAAGAAGAAGGGCCCGGAAGGAGGCUUCGACGACACGCCCAUACCGCGCGCGCCGCCCGGCUAUACCGUCAAGUUCACCCUCCACCGCGCCAACAACCUCCCGCUCGCCGACAUCAAUACGCUCAGCGCCGAUCCCUUCAUCAUGGCGCAGCUGUACACCGGCCUGCCCACGCGACACAAGGAAGACCCGCCGUUGACGCUGCGAACGCCGACAAUCCGCCAGAGCACCGAUCCCGUGUGGGACUGCGAGUGGGUGGUCGCCAAUGUGCCCUCGUCCGGCUUCAACCUCAAGUGCCGCAUAUACGACGAAGACCCGGCAGACCACGACGACCGCCUCGGCAACGUGCACGUUACCGUUCCCUCCAUAAACGAGAACUGGGGAGGCAUACACGACCAGACAUACCCGAUCAAGAAGCGCAUGGUGAGCAAGCGGGCCUAUGCGCUGCGUGCCAUGGCUGUGUGUUUCGGCAAGGCGCAUCACAUGAACGGCACGCUGAACGUGAGCGUGCAAGUGCUAGGCAGGACCGAGGAUGAAAAUGGGGGGCGCGCGUAUACGAUUGGACCGCAGUUCUGGAUACGGCACUACUCGCCGCUCUUGGGACGCUUGCUCGGCCAGAAAGAGCCCAACAACGAUGGCCGGGUGUCGCGCAGGAACGGCAAGCAGAAGCCCGAGAAGUACAACUUCCAGUCGAAUCAGAUGCAGAUGCGCGGUCCGGUUCCCGAAGCCAUGUACCAUCGCUACGUCGAGUUCAAGCCUUUCGUUAAGAGCAUGUUCACCGCUAAGGGCGUGCGAGGAUUCGUCUUAUCCAAGGCACUGCACCACCAGCAUGCGCGCGUAUACAACUUCGAUCACGCCACAGAGUUCAAGGUUCUGCCUGCGCCUUGCAAGGAGUUCACGCAAAAGUUCCUCGAACUAGUCCACUACGAUCAGGGUGGGAGAAUCUUCACCUACGUCUUGACCCUCGAUGCGCUCUUCCGAUUUACAGAGACUGGUAAAGAAUUCGGCAUCGACAUGCUGAGCAAGCAUACCAUGCACAGCGAUGUGGCAGCUUACGUAGCAUUUUCCGGUGAGUUCUUCAUCAGAAGACUAAAGCACAAGGACCGCAAGCCUCCGGAUGAAGGCGGGAACAACACAUCCCACCCGCCAGGCGACAUCGACGGCGGACCCCCCAAGGAAAGCCCAAACAAAGACCCAGCCUACUACGAACUCGUCAUCGACAACGACUCUGGCACAUACCGCCCCAAUGCCAAACUCCUCCCUCAGCUCAAAGAAUUCAUGUCUCAGAACCUGCCUGGCCUACACAUCCGCACCCUCGACUGCCAAGGCGACGCCGAGAAGAUGGAAGCCAUGAAGUCCGAACAGCGCGAGCGCAAGAAGAGGGAGGGCCAAGCUGUGGUCUACACUCAGAUCAGCAGAAGCAGCAGUAUGAGUAGUAGCGACGAAGAGGAACUGGAUCGUCUAGAGAGUGAAGGUCAAAUGGCGCCCAAGCAUCUCAGACACCAGGUGCAACGGGAGGCCGAGGCGAGAGUCGAUGCAUUGAAAUUCCAUGCCAAGGAAUACCGCCCGAGUAAUAACCACGAGGGGUGGAGGGGCGAUGGCCAUCCCGCUAGAGCCGAUGACGGGGAAGUGGACAAGAUGAGGCAGGAGAACGGAGAUGAACCGGUGGCAUCGCACGAGAGCACACAAUCUGGUGCUAAGAGCUAA